GAAAUUAAGUUUUUGCCUUUUUUUGGAACAAUUUAAUACUGAUGAAAGCGCGUUUUGCAACACUGCAGCAACAGCGGUCGACACUGACAAUUGAACGGCGGCAAUCAAAAUAGAAAGAAAAACCAACUGGAAAGCAUUAAAGAAGCAGGAUUUUCUAUACGUAUGUGUUCUUUGCUAUGUCCAAGCGCAACAAUAUAACCUACGUGAAGCCACAGGAACCCAGUUUUUUGGCCAAACUCAAGGCGGAAAUCGGCUACAAGGAGGGCCCCACCGUCGAUACAAAGCGCCAGAAAGUCGAGGAACGCGACCAGAACCAGGACGACUACGAUUCCAGUGAGGAGCGGCCCGAGCGUGAGGACGAAAAGCCACAGAUUGUGGUCCUAACGAGUGGGGAUCUUACGGCUGACGAGGUGGCCCUCGAGCAGCAGCGCAUAGCGAAAGAAGAAGCUGAAAGGCCCGCGGAUUUAAACCAACCCAUUGUAUUUAAGCAGCGCGUCAAGCAGCCCAAAAUCCAGCCGGAGAAUAAAACUGAGAAAUCUCCGAAAGCAAAGGAUAAACGCAAAAAGUCCAAGCCAAGCAGCAAACUGUCAUUCAACGAGGACGAGGAGGACGCCGAAGCAGUCGAGGAUUAAAGCUCAUAAAGUAUCUAU